CUCAGGCGAAGAAUCGGAAUUGCUGCCACCGCUGCUUUCUUCUCUCAUUUUGACUGCGCACUUCCAAAUUUCUUCUUCUUCCAUCCGCCGAUUUCCAAUUCACCGUCUCGUUUUCUCCGGCCUUGAUUUCGUCUCGGGAAUCGGUUGGAAGGGCCCGAAACAAUCGGUUUCGGGGAAUCGUCGGAGUCAGUCAGACGGAGUCAAAUAGAAGACUUGGAAGGGCGUUCCUUUGAGAUGUAAGCGGCGAGAGAGGAAAUUAGGUGUUGGUGUGGAUGGUAGCGGCGGCGGGAUGGUGGCGGCGAUUUUGCUGUGGAGGUGAGAGCUUCACAUGGAAUGGCAGAUCUUGUUAGCUACGGUAAUGCUGAUCGCGACAUCGAGCAGGCAUUGAUUGCUCUAAAGAAGGGAGCUCAACUGCUAAAAUAUGGUCGCAAGGGAAAACCAAAAUUUUGUCCAUUUAGACUUUCUAUCGAUGAAACAUCCUUGAUUUGGGUUUCAGGUGGUAAAGAAAAGAGUUUGAAGUUAUCUUUAGUUUCGAGGAUUAUUCCUGGACAAAGAACUGCUGUUUUUAAACGAUACCUGCGGCCUGAAAAGGAGUACCUAUCCUUCUCUCUAAUAUAUAGCAACGGAAAAAGAUCCCUUGACCUGAUCUGCAAGGACAAAGUCGAGGCUGAAUAUUGGAUUACUGGCCUUAAGGCAUUGAUAUCGCUCAGGCAAGUAGAGCGUUCAAAACUUGAUGGGUUGGGUGAUGGUGGUCUCUACAUUGAUGACAAAGGAGAGUUGCCAUCAACGAGUCAAAGUAGCAGUCCAGUGAGUUUCACGCAAGAAGUCAGCUCACGCGAGGUUUCGAUCAGUUCAAACACUUUUACUUCUAUCAGUUCAAACACCACAGCUUCCCCAAUCAGUUCCCAUGUAGCUUUGAAUCAAAAGAAUAUGCAAGCAAAAGGAUCUGGUACAGAUGCUUUUCGGGUCAGUGUUUCUAGCGCACCCAGUACUUCCAGCCAUGGUUCUGCACCGGAUGACUGUGAUGCAUUAGGGGAUGUAUAUAUGUGGGGCGAAGUUAUCUCUGAUAACGUUAUUAAGAUUGGGCCGAAUAAAAAUGUCAGUUCCAUCAACACGAGAACGGAUGUUCUCCUUCCCAAACCGUUGGAAUGCAAUGUCGUAAUGGAUGCACAUCAUAUAGGAUGUGGGGUUAGGCAUGCUGCUCUAGUCACUAGGCAGGGUGAAGUUUUUACUUGGGGUGAAGAAUCCGGUGGACGGCUGGGUCAUGGAGUUGGGAAGGACGCCUCCCUGCCUUGCUUGGUCGAGUCUUUAGCUUUCUGCAGCGUGGAUUUUGUGGCUUGUGGAGAGUUUCACACUUGUGCAGUGACAAUGGACGGUGAGAUUUACACUUGGGGUGACGGUAAACAUCACGCUGGGCUCUUGGGUCACGGCACUGACAUCAGUCAUUGGAUACCUAAGCGAAUUUCGGGUCCCCUUGAGGGUCUUCAUGUUGCAACUGUUUCUUGCGGCCCGUGGCAUACAGCUUUGAUUACGUCGACUGGACAGCUGUUCACUUUCGGAGACGGGACUUUUGGUGUUUUGGGGCAUGGAAGUAGGGAGAAUGUAUUGUAUCCGAGGGAGGUUGAAUCGUUGUCAGGAUUGAGGACUAUUACUGUUGCUUGUGGAGUGUGGCAUACGGCUGCCGUGGUCGAGGUGAUUGUAACCCAAUCUAGCUCGAGCGUUUCAUCUGGAAAAUUGUUCACUUGGGGCGAUGGAGAUAAAAAUCGCUUAGGACAUGGGGACAAGGAGCCGCGGUUGAAGCCUACCUGUGUGCCUGCACUUAUUGAUUACGAUUUUCAAAAGAUUGCUUGCGGCCAUUGUUUGACACUCGGCUUGACUACAUCCGGACGUGUUUUCACCAUGGGAAGUACAGUCUACGGUCAGCUCGGUAAUCCUCGGUCUGAUGGAAAAAUACCUUGCUUGGUGGAAGACAAGCUUGCUAAUGAAUCCGUCGAAGAAGUUGCUUGCGGUGCUUAUCAUGUUGCAGUGUUGACAUCGAAAAACGAGGUUUAUACAUGGGGUAAAGGCGCAAAUGGAAGGUUGGGCCAUGGAGAUACAGAAGACAGGAAAACGCCUUCUCUGGUUGAAGCUUUGAAGGAUAGACAUGUUAAAUUUAUCGCCUGUGGUUCGACUUACUCGUCUGCUAUAUGUCUCCAUCGAUGGGUUUCUGGUGCCGAGCAGUCUCAGUGCUCGGGUUGUCGACAAUCUUUCGGCUUUACUAGAAAGAGGCACAAUUGCUACAAUUGUGGAUUAGUACACUGCCAUGCUUGCAGUUCCAAAAAGGCUGUAAUGGCGGCGUUGGCUCCGAAUCCCAGCAAACCUCAUCGGGUGUGUGAUUCGUGUUUCGUGAAGCUUAGUAAGGUGGCGGAAGCAGGAGCCAACAACAAGAGAAAUUCCGGGCCACGAUUAUCCGGUGAAAACAAAGAUAGGCUGGACAAGAAUGAUCUAAGGUUGGCCAAGUCGGUCAUGCCGUCUAAUUAUGACCCGAUCAAAACAGCCAAGCAAGGAAAGAAAGCUGAUAUGUUUUCGCUGGGUCGGUCGUCUCAAUUAUCUUUAUCGCAGCUGAGAGAAACCGUUAUGGCUACAGCUUUUGAUGGACGUCGCAAUGUCCCAAAGCCAAUUGUGACAGCCUCAAGCGUCGGUUCGAGACCUGUGUCGCCUUUCUCGAGGAAACAUAGUCCUCCACGAUCUGCAACGCCGGUCCCGACAGCUUCAGGUCUUUCGUUCUCCGCGACGAUUGCUGAUAGCCUGAAGAAGACGAACGAACUCCUUAAUCGAGAAGUGAGCAAGCUACGGCUGCAGGUUGAAAGCCUUAAAAAGCAAUCCGAACAGCGAGAAUUGGAACUCCAGGAAGCAGCAAAGAAGACUCAGGAAGCUGUUGCCCUCGCCGCAGAGGAAUCAUCAAAGUGUAAAGCUGCAAAAGAAGUGAUUAAAUCACUUACGGCGCAGGUCAAAGAUAUAGCCGAGAGAUUGCCACCGGGUGCUUACGACCAGGAAAGUCUGAAAUCGCUCUACCUGCCGAACGGAAUUCACCAUCUUUGCUCGAUUGAGGAAUCCGACAGAAAGUCUCAACCUGCAGCGCCGAUGGAUUCAAUCGACGACACAAAUCAAAGCAGUCGAAGUAGUUCGGGUGCCCUAGAGCCCGGGCUAUCGAACUCCGCUGAACCAAACGACCGCCCGAAUCCCCGGGUUUCUAACGCCGGCGGAAAUUGGACCCGUAACCACUCCGCUACCCCGGCUAAUGCCGCCCAUCCCGACGCCGAAUGGGUCGAGCAAUACGUCCCGGGUGUGUACAUAACAUUAGUAACUCUCGGAGACGGGACGAGAGAUCUUAGACGCGUGCGAUUCAGCCGGAGAUUCUUCGGGGAACACCAGGCGGAGACGUGGUGGUCGGAAAAUCGGGAAAAGCUUUAUCUGAGAUACAAUAUCCGGCGAUCGGAGAAGUCAUCGGUGAGCUCCCGGAGAUCCGCCGGAGCUAUGUCGCCUUCUUCUCAGGUUUAGCGGUAGCUAUCAGUACAAAAACCCCAUCCAAUUUUUGCCAUUCUGCACAUUAAUAUUUAACCUCUUUAUAAAAUUAUAAUUAAUAUAUAUAUAUAUAUAUAUAUUAAUAAGUUACAUAAUUCUUUUAUUUAUGUAGAAAUGGUCACAUUCUGUAUAUAAAACCUCAAUUUUUAUGCAGUAGAGAUCAA